UUUUCAAGACGUUAUCAAUAUCAGGCACGAAACUCAUGACUGAAACUGAAUAAUAUUAAGCGAGAUUGUCGUAUUGAUAAUGGAAAGUUUGACCUUGCAAGGUGUGCCAUUGGCUACUCCGAGGUCUGCUGACCGCAAGAGCAGUGACUGACGAUAGUGUGUAGUGUAGUACACUUCCGAAUCAAUUCAAAUACAAAGUUGACGUUGACGGCCACCUGUUGCUGAGACCGAGUUUAGACAUUUAUUAUUCCAAAAUUAUUAACACAUUUUCGAAAAAAUAGCAGACAUCAUGACUGAACCGUUGGCGGAUAUCGCUUUGAUCGGCUUGGCCGUUAUGGGCCAAAAUUUAAUUCUAAACAUGAAUGAUCAUGGCUUUGUGGUAUGUGCCUUUAAUCGAACAACGGAUAAGGUAAAAUCGUUUCUCGCGAAUGAAGCUAAGGGAACCAAGGUCAUUGGUGCCUUCAGUUUGGAGGAAAUGGUCAGCAAAUUAAAAAAACCACGAAGAGUAAUGUUACUGGUUAAGGCCGGUUCAGCUGUGGACGAUUUUAUCGCAAAAUUGGUCCCACUUUUAUCCGAAGGCGAUAUAAUCAUUGAUGGGGGAAAUUCCGAAUAUCAGGAUACACAGAGGCGAAGCGAGGAAUUAGAAAAGAAAGGAAUUUUAUUUGUUGGAAGUGGAGUCAGUGGGGGCGAAGAUGGAGCACGGCAUGGACCAUCCUUGAUGCCUGGAGGAAAUUCGAAAGCUUGGCCUCAUAUCAAACCCAUUUUCCAGUCGAUUUGCGCUAAAGCUGACGGGGAACCUUGUUGCGAUUGGGUCGGAGAAAAUGGAGCCGGACACUUUGUAAAAAUGGUUCACAAUGGAAUUGAGUACGGGGACAUGCAGUUAAUUUGUGAAGCCUAUCACAUAAUGCGAGAUGGUUUGGCUCUGAAACCCGAGGAGAUGAGCAAAACUUUUGAGGAGUGGAACAGAGGCGAGCUGGAUUCAUUCCUAAUCGAAAUUACCAGGGAUAUUCUAAAAUACAGGGAUGCAAAAGGCCAUCUUCUGGAAAGAAUUCGAGAUACUGCAGGUCAAAAGGGAACGGGAAAAUGGACUGCAAUUUCAGCUCUCGAUUACGGCGUUCCUGUCACUCUAAUUGGAGAAUCAGUUUUUGCGAGAUGUCUCUCGGCUUUAAAAACCGAGCGAGUGGAAGCAAGCUCGGUUUUAACUGGCCCGAAUGAUAUUUACAAGGGAGAUAAGAAAGUAUUUUUGGAACAUCUGGGGAAGGCCCUCUAUGCAUCGAAAAUAAUCUCCUACGCCCAAGGCUUUAUGCUUUUGAGGGAAGCUGCUAAGAUUCAUGGAUGGAAUUUGAAUUAUGGUGGAAUUGCUCUCAUGUGGAGAGGCGGCUGCAUUAUCAGAAGUGCCUUUUUGGGAAACAUCAAGCAAGCCUUCGACAAGAAUCCAAAACUGAUGAAUUUGCUGCUUGAUGAUUUCUUCGCGAAAGCAAUGAAAGAAUGCCAAGAAAGUGUCCGAGUUGUGGUAUCGAGUGCCGUGACUCUUGGCAUCCCAACGCCAGCAAUGUCGACUGCUCUUGCUUUUUACGACGGCUACAGAACAGCCCGACUUCCGGCUAAUUUGCUCCAGGCACAGCGUGACUACUUUGGGGCACACACUUAUGAACUUCUCGGCGAAGAGGGAAAAUUCGUCCACACUAACUGGACCGGCCACGGAGGCAAUGUUUCCGCUUCUACCUAUGAUGCCUAGAAUUUAAAUAAAUUUAUGAACUCGAAAUUUAAUCCAAGAUUGGAGCCAGCGAGGACCGUACUUUAAAUUAAAAUGGAUAGAAGAUUUUGGAAGAAAAAAAAAA